AUGGACAGUCCAGGUGGAAGUGUGAUCCUCUAUGCAGGAUCGACGGGAAGUGCCAGUCCCAGCCCAGGAAGUCCAUCCAGCGGCUAUCAGACCCAAUCUCCAUCCUCUCAGCCCUCGUCCCCAGAGGAGGUGUCCUUCACUGAGCUCGGAGCCCUUAAAAAGCAUUCAUCUGGAGGCAAUGGGGGAAACAAAUUGGUCUUCCAGUUUCCAGAAGUAAGCAGUGCUAACACGGUCAACGCGGUUACGCCAACCGUAACUUCAUCAGGACAAAACUCCUACUCGCACCCAAUGGUUGGCAGACGACCCACCGGGUUCACGGGAACAUUUACCAAAACUGGAGGUAUGGUGUUGCUUUGCAAAGUAUGCGGGGAUAUUGCAUCAGGAUUUCACUACGGUGUCCAUGCGUGUGAGGGAUGCAAGGGCUUCUUCCGCCGUAGCAUCCAGCAGAACAUCCAUUAUAAGAUGUGUGUGAAGAACGAAAACUGUCUGAUCAUGAGGAUGAACCGCAAUCGCUGCCAGCACUGUCGCUUUAAGAAGUGCCUCUCCGUCGGCAUGUCCAGAGAUGCUGUGCGAUUUGGACGCAUUCCGAAGCGUGAGAAACAGCGGCUGCUAGACGAAAUGCAGAGCUACAUGAACAGCCUUAAUGAGUCAGCAUCUAUGGACAUCGGCUGUACAACACCCACCGAGACCCCUAGCAGCCCUGAGGACGGCCAAUCAGAAGAGUCCAUCGGCGUGAUCUCGCAGGCGUAUCGUAACAUCUUCGUGAACGGCGAAAAGCUGCAAGUUAAAGUUGACCAAGAAAACAACGUCAAUAACAACAACAAUCCAUCUUCCUUCCGGCACCAUCCCAUGCAAGAGUCCGGCUACGUCCAGUCUCACCCUCAGCCGAAUAUCUCCGCACAAGAACAUUCAGUCCAUUCCACGACCAGCUGCCUCGCCCAAUCCAGAUGUCCGGUCGCCAACCAAAACAACAAACCCACAUCUCAAGUUUUGGACAACGGUCACUAUAACUUCCCACAGUCCUCAAGUCCCAGCCAGGGAACAACACCUACUCAAAGCUAUCCCACUAAACACAACAGCUAUUCCACUCAGACGCAGUCUUGUCCAUGGAGACUGAGCCCUGGUGCUAAAGUUCUGGCCUGUCCUCUGAACGCAUGUCCCGUUUCCUCAGCCAGUCACUCCAGCCAGCAGGUCUGGGAGAGUUUCUCGCAGUGCUUCACUCCCGCUGUUAAAGAAGUGGUUGAAUUUGCCAAGAGCAUACCUGGGUUUCAGGCCCUGAGUCAACAUGAUCAGGUCAUGCUGCUGAAGGCGGGAACCUUUCAGGUUCUGAUGGUGAGAUUCUGCUCGCUGUUCAAUGCUAAGGAACGCACUGUAACAUUCCUGAACGGUCAAACGUACCCGUUGUCAUACCUGCGAGUGCUGGGCAUGGGAAACCUCCUGGAUGCCAUGUUUGAGUUCAGCGAGAAGCUGGGCAGCAUGGGUCUGGAGGCCGACGAGAUGGCCCUCUUCAUGGCUGUGGUGCUGGUUUCUGCAGAUCGCUCAGGUAUAUCAGACAUGGGGGCCGUGGAGCAGCUCCAGGAGGAUUUAAUAGGAGCUCUUCGGGCUCUCAUCACCCGCAGAAGGCCAGAGGACAGCUCGCUCUUCCCCAAACUCCUGCUGCGUCUGCCCGACCUGCGAACCCUCAACAACCAGCACUCCGAGAAGCUCCUCGCUUUUCACAUCGACCCCUGA